AUGAGAACUUUAAAUUUUUACACUAAUUGAAUUUUUGAGAAUUUAGAUCGUCUUUGUACCCAGUUCUAACGUUAACAGUGAAAUGAUAGUGGGUUAUGAUAUUACAACUCUUGUGAAUCACUCUGCUCCGAAUGGCUUGCCUAUAUAUACGCUAAACCAAAGGUCGCGUAGAUUCCCAUGGUGGUUAAAUAAUUUUUAACCCAGCGUGCAUGAAUACUACUCGAAUUAACGACAUAUCUGCGUUUCACUUUUAUUAAGGUCGUUCGUCUGAAAUGAUUUCACAACUUGAAGAACUUAUGUUCGAUAAAGUCGAGCAAAAUGAGAGAGACGAAGGGCAGUUGGAAUCAGAUUUGAAGAGAAUGGGCAACUAUGUCUUGUUUAUGCGAAAUCUUCUAGCGAACGGAAAUGAUGAUGAGAUGAUGAAUAUGUAUGAUCAUUUGGUGAGAUACGUCAAUGAUGUAAGUGGUCGAAAUCCAUUCUGGCUUGACGAUAACAACGAAGCAACGCCAACUGUUUCCCUGCAGCCUGAUGCUGGUGAUGAUGUCGUAGAUAACUAUGUGGGUCACUUGGUUACGACUUGUCUUGGUGAACUGGUUAUUCCGACAUUACAAGCAGAUCACUUCGAGUUGGUUGAGGACAGAGGCAAGGUAAGGGCUGAUGUCAUGAUUGUAUUUAAACUUACACUGUCAACUUCGAAUGACACAGUACCACUUCUCCGUUUUUGGUGACAGAAUAACACGUUUGGAGUUGAUUCAACUGCUUGCUUGAAAUUUACAGU